CAGAUCACAAUGCACCGCUGUCCUUCCUCCAAUUAGAAACUUACUCUCACUCUCGGUUCUAACCUACGCCGUGUGCGCACCUUCCUUCUCCCUUUUUAUAUUCACACAAUCUCACCUCACUUCACUUCAACACAUAAUAAUCCCUUUGUUUCCUUUCAUCUUUUACACAUCUUUUCUUGCUCCUACAGUGUUUUAGCGUUUAUGUUUACAACCAUGAAUUCCAUCGUAUAUUGUUUUUAUCGAAGAAGCAGAGCAUGAGCUUUGCUAGAUUUUAUAGCAGAAGCUUUAUCUCGAUUUGUAUCGUAGAUUUUGCUGAAGAUUUACAUCGGUUUCGUUCAGAGUUUUCUUCUAGUUUUUAGUCCAGAAAUGCGUUCCAAACGUCGUUUCGUGAAAUCGACGACGCGUAAGAGGUUGCUAAUAAAAUACGAUCACAUCUCGUUCACUGGUGCUGUUAAUUUCCGACCAAGAGCACACGAUUUGUGCUAGAUUUCAAAAUUUACAUUCAUACGAUAAUAUAUAUAUAUAUAUUACUAAGUGUUUAUUAUUUGUAUUGAAAAAUAUAUAUAUUACUAAGUGUUUGUGAAAAUGCCGCACCGAGCAACUUACAUUUUCCCAAGGCAGUUUCCGGAUCAAAGCAGUGUGAACACGAAUUCAUCGUCGAAAUCUGAAGAUCACGAGCAGGCGAACACGAACCUGAUCUCGAACGAAGGUUUAAGAUCUAUGAUCAACGGUGAUCGUGAUAGCAAUAAGGAUAAAAAGACAGAAGUGUACGGACACGGAGUAUUAUCAUCGGAACGACACCGUUUUGGUAAAGGUUACCGGAGCCAUGGAAAGAAGAAGAGGCAGCAGAUCGCCGACUUCGUGAACUGGUUGGUUGAGAAGAAAAGUUCCGGUUCCCGUUCCGGUAACGUGAGGUUAAACAACGAUGAUCUUGACGAGCUUAUACCAUCCUGUUUGGAUUAUAAUUAUAACCAUCCUGCCACACAGCAAAGUGGCGGGACGGGUAUGGGAUUAGGUGAUCGACAGGUGUCGUCGUUGCAUCGGUUGUCGUCGACUGACAAUUAUCAUCACCCGUCAACACAGCAAAGCGUUGGGACGGGUAUGGGAUUAGGUGAUAAGCAAGUAUCGUUACAUCGGUUGUCGAGUGACGAGUAUCACCAUCCGACCACACAGCAAAGCGUUGGGACGGGUAUGGGAUUAGGUGAUAGGCAGGUUUCGCUACAUCGGUUGUCGAGUGACGAUUAUCACCAUCCAACCACACAGCAAAGCGUUGGGACGGGUACGGGAUUAGGUGAUAGGCAGGUUUCGAUGCGUCGGUUGUCGAGUGAUGCUGGGAGUAGUUACGCGGCGAGUUUGUUUUCGUGUACGGUUGAGACGUCGAGUUCGGCUGCUUUUUGCAAGGAUUCGAUGACGGAGGAGACGGUGGGGAUGAGAGAGGAGGAUAUGGUGGCGGGUGGUGGUGGUGGUGGAGAUGAUGGUUGUCGGAGUGUUGUUAAGAGGUGGCGUGAUAGUUAUUACUUGCAGCUUACGCUUGCGAAACGGUUAACGCAUCAAGCGACGAUUGGUGAUGAAGCAUCAGCUUUUAACAGGAGCGGGUACGGUGGCGGUGGCGGUGGUGGUGGUGCUCCGGCAGUGACGUGUUAUGAUGCUGAGUCUGUUUCUUAUCGUCUCUGGGUUAAUGGUACUUUGUCUUACAAUGAUAAGAUAUCGGACGGGUUCUAUAACAUCCUCGGAAUGGAUCCCUACAUGUGGAUAAUGUGCAAUGAUUCUGAAGAAGGCAAACGCUUACCGUCUUUACUAGCACUCAAAGCUGUAAAUUCAGGUAGUACAUCAAUGGAGGUAGUUCUGGUAGAUAGAUACAGGGAUUCGCGGCUAAGGGAUUUGGAGGAUCGCGCACAAGAACUUUAUUUUUCGGCUGAAAACAAUCGAAUGUUGGCUGAACAGCUUGGAAACCUUGUUGCUUCUACUAUGGGGGGGUCGUUUACAACGGAACAGGAUGAUCUCCAUGCUCAUUGGGAAUCGGCUAGCACCAAAUUAAGGGACAAUCAAAAUGGCAUUUUGGUUCCGGUUGGCAACUUGUCUGUGGGACUUUGUAGGCACAGAGCUAUUCUUUUCAAGAAACUGGCAGACUAUGUGGGACUACCAUGCCGUAUAGCUAGAGGCUGCAAGUAUUGUGUUGAAGAUCAUAGAUCAUCAUGCCUGGUCAAAAUCCAAGAUGACAAUGUCACAAGGGAGUAUGUAAUGGAUCUAAUCGGGCAGCCCGGAAAUAUGUAUAAUCCGGAUUCCUCUAUUAACGGAGACAUACUUUCUUCAGUUCCGUCGCCUUUUCAAAGUUCUCAUUUGAAAGAAGUUCAACAAGUUUAUGUGGACCGAGAAUCGAUUUCUCAAGUCAAGAACAUUGAAUGGAAACCAAAUGUAUCCGAUGAAGAAACUGGCGGUAACAGAGAAUCAAAGGAGAUGCGAUGUGUACCACUCGAUAAGAAUUACAAAAUAUGUGAGACAGUUGAAACACCAAAACUGAAACCGAAUCAACCGGAUCAGUUGAUGAAGGUUGAGAGUGGCAGUAAAUGCAGAGGCAACUUUCCGGUGACUACUACAAGGUACUUGACCCUCGAGCCAUCUCUCGCGAUGGACUGGCUCGAGAUAGCUUGGGAUGAGUUGCAUAUCAAGGAGCGUAUUGGAGCUGGCUCGUUUGGGACGGUUCAUCGCGCAGAGUGGCAUGGAUCGGAUGUAGCCGUUAAGGUCUUAACGGUCCAGGACUUUGAAGAUGAUCAACUGAGGGAGUUUCUGAGAGAGGUUUCCAUCAUGAAACGCGUUCGCCAUCCAAAUGUGGUUCUCUUCAUGGGUGCAGUCACUGUUCGUCCACAUUAUUCAAUCGUGACCGAGUAUCUACCUAGGGGCAGCUUGUUUCGCCUUAUACAUCGACCAGCAGCUGGUGAAAUCAUGGAUCAAAGACGACGUUUACGCAUGGCUUUAGAUGUGGCGAAGGGAAUAAAUUAUCUUCAUUGUCUUAGCCCUCCGAUCGUUCACUGGGAUCUCAAGUCUCCAAAUCUAUUAGUUGACAAAAACUGGACAGUGAAGGUUUGUGAUUUCGGGUUAUCAAGAUUUAAGGCGAAUACUUUCAUAUCAUCAAAAUCUGUUGCUGGAACGCCCGAAUGGAUGGCCCCUGAAUUCCUUCGAGGCGAGCCCUCAGAUGAAAAAUCUGAUGUUUAUAGUUUUGGCGUGAUCUUAUGGGAGCUUGUAACCAUGCAACAACCGUGGAACGGGCUCAGCCCUGCUCAGGUUGUUGGAGCAGUGGCUUUCCAAAACAGGAAACUAACUAUACCUAGCAACACCCCUCCGGCGCUAACUUCACUCAUGGAAUCCUGUUGGGCUGAUGACCCGACUCAACGACCCAGUUUUAAGAGCAUUGUUAACUCAUUGAAGAAGUUACUCAAGUCACCAACACAAAUGGGAGGUCCAUGAGGACCACAUUCUCAUGUUUCUUGGUUUAGCUUCUAUAGAAAUGUAGUCUAAGCAUAAAUUAAAAAAAAUCCUAAGAGAGGAUUAUCUAGAAUAUGUUAAAGCUAAAUGGGCUUUAGGUUCAUAAGGUCUGUAACUCCAUGAAAGUUUCUAAGAUAUUGAUAAUACGAAUUCGAAUACGAAUGUUGUUGAUCA